AUGGCAAAAUUUCGAGAUGUUAUUGGUCAUUUGCUAACUUUUCCUUUAGUUAAAGUAAUUGUUAUCAUUAUUUUCAUUACUAAUUUAGGAAUUGGAAUAAUGGGAUUAAUGAUGUAUUCGAAAAGUGGUAACGAUUAUGCUGAUGUUUUUCGUUAUAAUUCUUCUUUAGUUACUUUUAACAGCGUUAUGCAUAAAUAUUUUAAUAAAUAUGCUUAUCCUGUUCACGUUAUAAUUAACGAACCACUUGAUUAUUCAGAUAUAGAAGUUCAAAAGAAAAUUGAAGAAACUCUACAAAAAUUUGAAGCACAUCCGAAUAUUGCCGAUUCUUCUGUAAGACUGUCUUGGUUAAAAUAUUAUAAAUUUUUUCUUAAUCAUCCCACACGGACAAUUUUAUUAAGAGGAUUUAAUAUAUCCGAUAAAGAAGAUUUUGUAUUCGUUUUACGUAACAUAUUCCUACGUCUUCCUCAAGCUCAAGAGUUUAAAUCUGAUAUUAUUUUUAAUGAAAAUCAUACAGAAAUUAUUGCCUCUAGAUUUCUUUUACUUUUAACUAAUAUCAACGAUCAGAAUGUAGAAAUUAAUGUACUUAGAGAUCUUUAUAAUAUUGUUGAUAAUUCACCUUUAAAGAUACAUAUUCAUAGCAUUAUGUUUCAUAUGAUAGAACAAGCAUUACUUAUAACUAGUAUUUUAUAUCAGUUAGCAAUUGUUAGCGCAGUUUUAAUUUGUCUAGUAUUUUUUAUUUUUGUACCUAAUGUAACUUGUGCUCUUUGUACUUCGAUGAUAAUCCUUUGUAUUAUAUGCGAAACAGUUGGAUUUGUUUCUUUCUUUCAUGUAAAAUUAGAUAUAGUAAUGUUAGCUUCGUUAGUAGUGUGUGUUGGUUUUUCUAUAAAUUAUCCAACUCACAUAUCAUAUUCAUUUGUUACAUCGAAUAAACUUAAUCCCGAUGAAAGAUUGAAAAAAUCAUUAUACGAAAUUGGUUUACCAAUUUUUCAAGGUUCGUUCUCUACUAUACUCGGAGUUUCAGUCUUACCCUUUGAACCAUUUUAUAGUUCAGUUUCGUUUUUUAAAAUCGUUCUUGUUAUAGGUUUACAAACUGCAUUUCACGCUAUGUUCGUUAUACCUGUAUUUUUAACAAUUAUUGGUAAUUUUAAUAAAUCUUUAACGCGUAAAAUAGAUAGCACGAAAUCAAUUGGAGCAUUCAUACCAGAAAAUGAUUCACACGAAGAAAGUAUGUCCCUCACUUCCGAAAAAGAUCAAGCCGUUACCACAAAAUUAUAA